AUGGCAGAUCACCGUUCGUGUCGUGUUGUUGAAACUGCUAAACCUUUUGUACACACUGGUACUGACUACGCAGGCCCAUUCAAGGUUACCAUGGGUCGAGGUCGUGGUAUUCGAUCUACCAAGGCAUACGUGUGUCUUUUCGUCUGUAUGACGACUCGCGCCGUUCAUAUUGAACUAGCAGGUGAUUUGAGCACCGUAAGUUUUAUGGGAGCUUUGAAGCGGUUCUUAUCUCGCCGUGGUCCAGUAGGUAGAAUUUAUUCAGAUAAUGGCAGCAAUUAUAUCGGCGCCAAGCGCAUGCUUUCAGGGCUUCACGAAUUCUUAUAUUCAAAAUAUCAUAAUACUGAAUUUGGCAAUAUGUUAGCAAGUAAUCGCAUUGAGUGGUCGCUAAACGUGCCCGCUGCAAGUCAUUUCGGCGGCAAUUGGGAGGCGAAUGUCAAGUGUUUGAAGACCCAUUUGUAUCGCGUUAUCGGUGAUAAAACAUUAUCUUUUGAAGAGAUGAGUACGGUUCUCGCUCAAAUCGAAUCGGUCCUGAAUACGCGACCUUUAUGUAGAACAUUAUCUAACGAUCCCUCGGAACCCCUCGCUCUAACUCCCGCACAUUUUUUAAAUCUCACGCCGUUGAAAUACUUGCCUGCGAGUGAAAUCGAUCCUAACCUGCAUACUCUCUCGCGGCAUGAUCAGCUCGAUAAGUUGGUUCAGUCUUUUUGGAAACGCUGGAGAACCGAUUACCUUCACACUUUACAAUCGCGUUGUAAAUGGAAUACACCAGUCGACCCGAUCACAGUUGGGACUGUUGUUAUUCUUUUAACUGAAAAUUCUCCUCCACUUCACUGGCCUUUGGGUGUUGUUGAGGAAGUUUUUCCUGGCUCUAAUGGAGUCACACGGAUAGUACGCGUUAAGACAUUGACUGGUUCGUAUUUGCGUCCAGUCGUACGUCUCUGCCCCUUACCUAAUCAAUAA